AGUCCUGAAGCAGUAUAAGUGAACAGGUACACUAGCAGGGGAUAGCCUAGCUUAGAUACAACACACAAACAUACACACACUGUUAGUCAACAGCCAGCGUGAGAAACCAGCAUGUCAGGGAUUGCAUGUCAUAUUGCCAGUUGUAAGGCUCGAGAGGACGGCCAUGGCACAAACGAACAGGCAGUGAAGUACCUAAAGCAGGACUAUCAAGUGAUCAAGAAGCGGUGUCUUGAGUCUGGAUCUCUCUUCAGCGAUGAUACCUUCCCUGCUCGUCCAGAGUCUCUGGGUUUCAAUGAGCUGGGGCCAUAUUCAGCAAAGACCCGGGGAGUGAAGUGGAUGAGGCCAAAGGAGCUGUGCUCCAAUCCCCAGUUUAUUGUUGGAGGGGCCACAAGGACUGACAUCUGCCAAGGAGCCUUGGGUGACUGCUGGCUCCUGGCAGCCAUUGCCUCUCUGACUCUGCAGGAGGAGAUCCUGGCCCGAGUUGUUCCCAGCGGGCAGAGCUUUCAAGAGGACUACGCUGGAAUCUUUCACUUCCAGUUCUGGCAGUAUGGAGAGUGGGUUGACGUGGUGGUUGAUGACAGGCUGCCCACAAGGGACGGAGAGCUGCUGUUUGUCCACUCAGCCGAGGGGUCAGAGUUUUGGAGCGCCCUGCUGGAGAAGGCUUACGCCAAGGUCAAUGGCUGCUACGAGGCUCUGUCUGGCGGGUCCACCACUGAAGGCUUUGAGGACUUCACCGGUGGCAUUGCGGAGAUGUACGAGCUGAAGAAAGCCCCGCCAACCCUCUUCAAAAUCAUCCAGAAAGCCUUGAAAUCAGGAUCCCUUCUCGGAUGCUCGAUUGAUAUCACCAGUGCAUACGAUUCUGAAGCUGUCACCUCCGAGAAACUGGUGAAGGGCCACGCUUACUCCAUGACUGGAGCCGAAGAGGUCAUCUAUAAAGGACAGACAGAGAGGCUUGUCCGGAUCAGAAAUCCUUGGGGUCAGGUGGAGUGGACAGGAGCCUGGAGCGACAACUCAGGGGAGUGGGACUGUAUUUCACCCGAUGAGAAGCUGAAGCUGGAUAAUAAAGCAGAAGAUGGAGAAUUCUGGAUGUCCUAUAAGGAUUUUGUGAGCCGUUAUUCAAAGCUGGAGAUCUGUAACCUGACCCCUGAUACCCUGAGCAGCGAUGAAGUCCACAAGUGGAGUCUGUCCCAGUUUGAGGGGCAGUGGAGGGUCGGCUCCACCGCUGGGGGGUGCAGGAACAACACUGCCACCUUCUGCUCCAACCCUCAGUUUGCCAUCAAGCUGCUGGAGGUAGACGAUGACCCUCAUGAUAAUGAGGUUGGCUGCACCUUCCUGGUGGGACUGAUGCAGAAGAACUGCAGGAAGGAUAUGAGAUUGGGGCGGGACCUGAACACCAUCGGCUUCGCUGUUUAUGCGGUUCCCGAUGAGUACAAGGGCCGCAGCAACAUCCGCCUGGGUCCUGACGUCCUCUUGAGGCAGCGUGCUGUAGGCAUGAGCGACACCUUCAUUAACCUCAGGGAGCUGUGCACCCGCUUCACCCUCCCGCCCGGCGAGUACGUCAUCAUACCGUCCACCUUCGAACCGCACAAAGUUGGAAACUUCGUCAUGCGGGUCUUUUCUGAGAAGCAGGCUGAAGCAAGUCCCAUGGAUCAUGCUAUUGAGGCACAUGUGCAUGAGCCUGAAGUGGAUGAAAAGGGAAUCGACCCCCAAUUCAGAAAACUGUUUGUACAGAUAUCAGGAAGUGAUUCAGAGGUGUCUGUCUUUGAACUUGUUACAGUUCUGAACAAAGUAAUAGCACAGAGAUCUGACGUCAAGACUGAUGGUUUCAGCGUGGAGACCUGCCGCCACAUAGUCAGCCUGCUCGAUAAAGAUGGAACUGGUAAGCUAGGCCUGGUGGAAUUCGCCAUCCUGUGGGAGAAGAUUAUUAAAUACCUGAAAAUCUUCAAGCAGUUUGAUUCCGAUGGAUCUGGCACCAUGAAUUCCCAUGAGAUGCGAGGAGCUCUGGCAGAAGCAGGUUUCCGUCUAAACAACUCUUUGAUUCAGCUUAUUGUAAGUCGCUAUGCAGAUGACCGCUUUGCCAUCGAUUUUGACAACUUCGUGGCAUGCUUUAUUCGACUGGAAAUGCUGUUCAAAAUGUUUAAGACUGUUGAUCAUAAUGAAAGUGGGACUGUGGAACUCAAUAUUAACCAGUGGCUGUCCCUUGCAAUUUAACUGUGGCUUUUGGAGACGAUCUCUUCUGAGCACCUUGUAGACACUUCUCUCCUUUAUCUUUUUAAACGGGGAGGGGGUGGUAGAGAAUUAUCAUUAACAUGUUUAUUAAGACACAUGUCUUAAAUGUUGUUGAAGCGGACACCCUGGGAUCCUUCAAGAAGCUGCUUGAUGGGAUUCUGGGAUCAAUAAGCUACUAACAACCAAAAGAGCAAGAUGGGCUGAAUGGCCUCCUCUCGUUUGUAAACUUUCUUAUGUUCUUAUUUUUGGUACAUUUAUUUUCAAAGUAAACUUUUAUACUUGCUCAACAAAGGAGAUUCCUUAUUCUUUUCAAUUGGUUAAACUGUACUAUGCUUGUGGAAUUGACCGUUGGUAAGGCUGCUGGUGGCAAGAUUUGUGCUAACAAUAACAUUCAUGUUUUGAUUUGAAGACUGGAAUUCUGCACUCCUUUCUGUUUUUCCUUUUGUUUACUAGAAAUAAAUUUUGAAUGAACAUUUA